UAACGUUUUUUAAGUUAAUAUUGUCCUCCAUUAGAUGCGGAGCAAAUGGCUUCAUUUCCAGACUCCGAUCUGCAGACAUGCCCCCUUUGUAAAGAAUUGUGCGGUUCCUCCGCUCCGAUAUCCUCCAACUCGUCUACCUCAUCAUCAUCGUCUCAUACCUCGAGCUGCUCUACCUCAUCCUGCAGAAGGCUCCUCGUUCUGCCCUGCCUCCAUGCCUUCUGCAGGCAGUGCCUGGAAGGUCAGCGCAGCCCCGGCGACCCCUUGAAACUUCGGUGCCCGACAUGUGACCAAAAAGUCUCCAUCUCCGAAUCCGGGAUGGACGCGUUGCCGUCGUCGAACUUCCUCUUGAGCAACCUGCUGGACGUGGUGGUCUCCUCCGAGGAGCAUAGCAAGACGGGCUGCAGGAGCAACAGCCACCCCCACGGCGGCCUCCUCCGGCCUCACCACCUCGCGGAGCCACAGUGCAGCUCUUGCGACGAGGGCAACCCCGCUACCUCACACUGCCUGGAUUGCCAGGAGUACCUCUGCGACAACUGCGUGCGCGCACACCAGCGGGUCCGCCUAACCAAAGACCACUUCAUCGAGAGGCUGAUCGAGAACCUGCACCUCGCUAGCCGAACCAACAACUCCAACACUCCCGUGUCCCUGUCCCAGUCCUAUCACUCGAACUACUCGCUGCUGCCCGUCUUUCAGGAUAGGACGAAGUACUGCCAACAACACGACAGUGAGGUGUUCCGCUUUUUCUGUGACACCUGCUCCGUGCCCAUCUGCCGGGAGUGCAGCGUGGGCCACCACAUGGGCCACAGCUUCCUCUACCUCCAGGACGCCGUGCAGGACUCCCGCGCCCUCACCAUCCAGCUGCUGGCCGACGCUCAGCAGGGCAGGCAGGCCAUACAGCUGAGCAUUGAGAAGGCCCAGGCCAUCGCCGAACAGGUGGAGAUCAAGGCCAAAGUGGUGCAGACGGAGGUGAAGACCAUCACACUACGGCACAAGAAGGCCCUGGAGGAGCGCGAGUGUGAACUGCUGUGGAAGGUGGAGAAGAUCCGCCAGGUGAAGGCCAAGGCGCUUUACUUGCAGGUGGAGAAGCUCCACCAGAGCCUGAGCAAGCUGGACAGCACCAUCGCGGCGGUGCAGCAGGCCCUGGAGGAGGGCCGUAGCAUGGAGAUCCUGCUGGCCCGAGACCGCAUGCUGACGCAGAUCCAGGAGCUGAAGACGCUGCGGGGGGUGCUGCAGCCGCAGGAGGACGACCGCAUCAUGUUCACCCCGCCGGACCAGGCCCUCCUCAUCGCCAUCAAGUCCAUGGGCCUCAUCAGCAGCGGCGCCUUCGCCCCCGUCACCAAAGCCACCGGCGAGGGCCUCAAGAGGGCGCUGCAGGGCAAGGUGGCCUCCUUCACCGUGGUGGGCUACGACCACGACAGGGAGCCGCGGCUCUCGGGCGGGGACGGGGUCUCGGCCGUGGUGAUGGCCCCGGACGGGACCCUCUCAACGGCCGACGUGUCGGACCACCAGAACGGCACCUACACCGUCAGCUACCUGCCCAAGGUAGAGGGCGAGCACCUGGUCUCAGUGCUCCUCUGCAGCCAGCACAUCGAGGGCAGCCCCUUCAAGGUGCUGGUCAAGUCCGGCCGCAGCUACGGGAGCGUGGGGCUGCCCGUGGCGUCCUUCGGGGGGGAGGGCGACGGCGACGGCCAGCUGUGCCGGCCCUGGGGCAUCUGCGUGGACAAGGAGGGCUACGUGGUGGUGGCCGACCGCAGCAACAACCGCAUUCAGAUCUUCAAGCCCUGCGGGACCUUCCACCACAAGUUCGGCACCCUGGGCUCCCGCCCGGGGCAGUUCGACCGGCCGGCUGGCGUGGCCUGCGAUAGCCAGCGGAGGAUCAUCGUGGCCGACAAAGACAAUCACCGCAUCCAGAUCUUCACCUUCGAGGGCCAGUUCCUGCUGAAGUUCGGCGAGAAGGGAACCAAAAACGGCCAGUUCAACUACCCCUGGGACGUGGCCGUCAACUCCGAGGGCAAGAUCCUGGUCUCGGACACCCGCAACCACCGCAUCCAGCUCUUCGGCCCCGACGGCACGUUUUUGAACAAGUACGGCUUCGAGGGCGCCCUCUGGAAGCAUUUCGACUCCCCCAGGGGCGUGGCCUUCAAUCAAGAGGGCCACCUGGUGGUGACGGACUUCAACAACCACCGGCUGCUGGUCAUCCGGCCAGACUGCCAGUCAGCCCGCUUCCUGGGCUCGGAGGGUACGGGGAACGGGCAGUUCCUCCGGCCGCAGGGCGUCGCUGUGGACCAGGAGGACCGCAUCAUCGUCGCCGACUCCCGCAACCACCGCAUCCAGGUGUUCGAGCCCAACGGCAACUUCUUAUGCAAGUUCGGCAGCCAGGGGAGCGGCUUCGGACAGAUGGACCGCCCAUCGGGAAUCGCCAUCACCCCCGACGGGAUGAUCAUCGCCGUCGACUUCGGAAACAACCGAAUCCUAGUGUUCUGA